CAUGAAAAGUUUUAAACUUCAUCUUGGUCUAUAUAAUAAGUAUUCUGCUUUAGAAAACAUGUUGGAAGAAGAUAAUGCUGAUAUUGAUAUAAUGGAGCUUACUGUCGCUAACACUAAUAUGCUCAAUUAUUAUGUUUCAGAACAAGAAACAAGUGAUUCCACUAUUCAAAUGUUCUCCUCCAUAUAUGCAGUUACCUGGGCCAUACAAGUUCCAUGCAUCUGAAGUUGACUAUAAAAACGGUGCACAGAAAUAUAGAAAACAACUUGAACGUGCUGAAAAGACUACGACAAGUGAUAAAAAUCCGAGGCCCUUUUAAGCAAAGUUGAUACGGCAAAUGCUAGAAACUUGAACAUUUAAAUGAAUUACAUAAUACAUAUAUUGAACAUAAACA